AAUUGGAGGCAGCAGGAAGUGAGGCAGCAUCUGUAUGAGGCAAGAGAAGGAACCUGCGUGGAAUGGAGGAGAGCUAGAGCAGUGCCGGCGCAAUCGUCAGUACCUAGACCACCAGCACUCUGGAUUGUGUGUUAAUGGGAGAGACCCAGAGCAGCUCUAUGAUGCCAGAGGGACCAUCUGCGUGCCACCUCUGAUACAAUGCUGAGAGCAGGAGGGGCAGCCACCUCUCUCGCGCUGCUGUUGCUGCUGCCGUUGCUGUGCUGUUGCCACCUGUGCCACUCUCUGCGGGUUCCAAAACUCUCCUCCUAUGCGAAAGCAGAGGAUAAGCUGUUCAAAUACCUCUUUGGAAACUACCAGAAAUGGGUUCGUCCGGUAGAAUAUUUAAACCAGACUAUACGUGUGAAGUUUGGACUUGCCAUCUCCCAGCUGGUUGAUGUGGAUGAGAAAAAUCAGCGAAUGACAACCAAUGUGUGGAUGAAACAGGAGUGGGUUGACAUGAAACUGAGAUGGAACCCUAAUGACUAUUUGGGGAUAACAAUAAUACGAGUCCCCUCUGACAGGAUCUGGCUCCCUGACGUUGUACUUUAUGAUAAUUCAGAUGGGCGUUUUGAAGGUACAGUCACCAAGGCUGUUGUUAAGUAUGAUGGGACCAUAUCAUGGACACCACCAGCUAACUACAAGUCGGCCUGCACCAUUGAUGUCACCUUCUUCCCUUUUGAUCUUCAGAACUGUUCUAUGAAGUUUGGAUCCUGGACAUAUGAUGGCUCCCAGGUGGACAUCACCUUGGAGGACUUUCAUGUGGACAAGCAGGACUAUUUUGACAACGGUGAAUGGGAGAUAGUGAAAGCAACAGGCAGCCGAGGUGUCAGGACAGACAGCAGUUCUUCCUAUCCCACCAUCACCUACUUUUUCAUCAUUCGCAGGCUCCCUCUUUUCUACACCCUCUUUCUUAUCAUCCCCUGCAUUGGCCUGUCUUUCCUCACCAUCCUUGUUUUCUAUCUGCCCUCAAAUGGCGGAGAGAAGAUCUCUCUCUGCACCUCAGUCCUGGUGUCGCUCACAGUUUUCCUUCUGGUCAUCGAGGAAAUCAUCCCCUCCUCUUCCAAGGCUAUCCCUCUCAUCGGGGAGUACUUGGUCUUCACUAUGAUCUUUGUCACGCUCUCCAUCAUCAUCACUGUCUUUGCCAUCAACAUCCACCAUCGCUCUUCUUCUACACACCAUGGCAUGGCACCCUGGGUGAGGAGAAUUUUCCUGCACCGGCUGCCUAAACUGCUCUGCAUGCGCAGCCAUGCAGAUCGUUAUGCCACAGCUGGAACAGCCAGAGCCAGAAGAGCAGUGGGGCUGGGUUUGAUGAAGGACCCCGCACCUGAGCUGACACCACUUCUCUACACCAGACACAGUCUAGAGGCAGCUCUAGAUUCUAUCCGCUACAUAACCAUGCAUGUGGUCAAAGAAAACGAGGUCAGAGAGGUAGUUCAAGACUGGAAGUUUGUAGCCCAGGUCCUGGAUCGAAUGUUUCUCUGGGCCUUCCUCUUGGUGUCCAUUCUGGGCACAGCGCUCCUCUUCAUUCCAGUCAUUUACAAAUGGGCCAACAUCAUCGUCCCGAACCACGCUGGAAGCAUGCUCUAAUAAACACAGUCAAACAAACAGUGAACAAAUGGAGGCAAAGCACAUUGGACAGUUUGUUAUGGGUCAUAUUUGGGAUUGAAAGACUGAGAUACUGAGAUUAGAGCUCACUACUCUGUUUAUCCGCAGUCAUUCUGUGAGCUGCAGCUUUGCCAGAGAUCCAGCUGCUGUUUGCUGAGGUUAUCUCACAGAAACAUGUUUAGAGUUUGAGAGGGAUUUAGGGAUCUGUACUUGUUAGGAAAGUGAUAAAAAAAAAGUUGUUGAAAUCAGUUCAUUUCAGUACGAUUCUGUCUCUAACUCGGCUUAUCACUGAGAUCAACAAAUACAAACAAAACCAUUUACUCUCAUUUGAUUUACUGAUUUAUGUUGGCCUAUUUGCACUUUAUAUUGCCAUCUGUUUGAUAAGCUGACCACUUUAUUAGUGGAACAUACUUCUAAUAAAUAAGAAGGUUGGACAUCUAAUCUUAGAAGUCACCCUUACACACCCUGAACUAAGCAACCUAAUCAUGAACAUAUUUAAUUUCCCUCAUAGUAUUUUUAAAGGUAAACAUCGUAAAUGUGAUAAAAGGGCAUGAACAAGAGAGAGCACAGAGCCACACAUUUCCAAACCUAUAUACUGUAUUCUCUAUCUGUAGCUCUGAUUUCUGUGAACCUCUGUACACAUCCGGAAAAACAAUCGGUAGAAUAUUCAGAUGAUUAUUCAGAGUGUAGCAGGUCAAGCACUCCCUCUUAGAGACCCAAAUGGAUUAAUAGUCUAUUUAUUCCACUUGACUGUCCGUGGGAUGAAGGCGGCGGACUUUCUUGCCAAGACUUGAAUUUCUCAGGCACGGCUUCCUUUCAGCCUGAGGACACAUUCUUUCUGAUGACUGUAAUUCUAUCCUUUGUAGGAGAUCAGUGCAAAGAUAAUGUGGCUCUUGGAUGUUUUUUAGCCUACUGUAGCUUAGUAACAAGACCUUGCAUCAUGUGACAAUGAUAAGAGUUCUUGUUGUUUGAUUGAUGUUGCAUGCAGAUACCUCAGAUGAUAUCAUUUAAAGACAUGUAACAAAUGAUCUUUGGUUCUUUUCAAUAUCAUCAUGUUGAAGGACCAGGAAGAAGCUUUCAGCCUUUGUUGAGCCUGCACUGCCACCGCAUGGCUGUGUCAUGACACUACAGCUAAAAAUAAAAAUAAGAAGCAACAAAGGCAUGAAGACGAUGAGGUGGUUAUAUCUGCAACAUACUUGUGUGAGUUGCUGCUACAUUAAAUGUAGAGAAUGUUAAUUAAAAGUCAUUACAAGUACAGAAUGGGACACAUGUUUUUUUUGUUUUAUUGAGCUAUUAAGAUAGAUGGAAUUAAGAAUUGAAAAGGAGAUGAGAAAGGGAGGGUUUGUGGGCAUUAUUCCACCAAAGACUUUCUAAAUGACCUCUUAGCAGUCAACUCAACCUUUUUAUAAGAGCUGAAAAUAAAGGGGUGUUGCCUAAUAAUACAUUUUGGUGCAAGAAAGGCUGAGAUAAAAUUAAGCCACACAGUAUACAUCUGAUGAAUCUAUUCGAGCAUGGGUUCUUUGAUGAUCCAUCUGUUUAAGCCUUGAAUUGCACAUUGUGGGAAUAAGUUGAUGGGAUCUUUUCUUUGCUCUAUAAGUCAAUACCAAGGCAGGAUGGAAAACAUGAGAAAAUUCAAUAUAAACCCACCUGACAUUGACUUUCAUCAAGGAAAUUACAUAAGGUAGACAGUUCAGAGUAACUGCUCUGCUGUCUGUUGGGAAUAAAAUAUUAUUUAGACCAUCUUGUCUCGUUCCCAGAGGAUCAGAGGCUCAAUUUCUUAGAGUUUGCUAGAAUAGUUUCAAAAAUCCUACUGAGAAUUAUUCAGAUUUUAAGAAUGAAAUGUAUUAUUUUUUUAAACACAGAAGCAUAGUGCUACCUGUAAAAAAAUCUGGUGUCAAGGGGUUACUAAAAAGCUUCAUCAAAGCCACACAGUGAGGUACAUGCCAGGGGAAAAAUAUCAAAGACGGCUAAUCCAAAGUCCAGUUACGUAAGCUUUCCUGGAAUUUGAAGCUAUAUGUAUUCAGAGGUACCUUUGGUGGUCCACUCAAAAAUCUGUGCGCAUGCAGUCUGGAGCAACCUCGUGUAAAUCAGGUACGUCGGAUUUGACAAGUUUUAUGGAAUUUAAAAAGUAGGCCUGUUCCUCAUCCAAGGUGAUUUAGGUUGUUUUCCUCUCUUCCAGGCUAAUGAUGUCCCAGAACAGAAAUGCAACACUUCUUCUCCUGUGUAUUGUGUUUCUGUCGUGGAGGAUAUGUCAAGGAGGCAAGAUUUUGAUAGUUCCCCUAGAAGGAAGCCACUGGGUGAACAUGGACAUCAUGAUCAAGGCGCUGCACUCUGACGGACACUCUGUGGACGUGAUCCGAACCAAUCAAAGCUGGUACAUCCUGGACGGUUUCCCGCACUACAAGACGAUCACAGUUCCUGUCGUCGAAGCCUUCAACCAUGACUUCAUCAACCCAAUCCUCAAGAAGAUCAUUGAAAUCGAGAGGGGAGAGAGCUCAUUUCUCAGCUUUGCUAGUUUGCAGGUUGAGAUGUUUGAUGCCAUGUUUAACAUGCAUAGGAUAAUUAGCACAAUGGCUCGCAGCAUGUUAAAAGAUAAAGACUUUAUGGAUAUGUUAAAAGAGCGCCAGUAUGACUUUGUGUUCACUGAUCCAGCUUGGGGGGCAGGUGUCUUGCUAGCUCAUGCUCUGAAACUUCCUCUGGUUUAUAAUGUGCGCUGGAUAACAAGUGGAGAGGGACAUAUGGCCAUUGUACCUUCUCCUUUAUCUUACAUCCCAAUGACCGGAUCAGGCCUGUCGGACAAAAUGACUUUCACUCAAAGAUUUAAAAACCUCCUUUUCUAUUUAAUUUGGCAGUUUCAGGAUGGAGUCUUUAUCAACCAUCAGUAUCAGGCUGUGUGUGAUGAGGUCUUUGGCUCAGAGGUAAGAUAUAGAGAAUUAUUACAGGGAGCAGAUAUUUGGCUAAUGAGAGCAGACUUUGUGUUUGAAUUUCCUCGUCCCACUAUGCCAAAUGUUAUUUAUAUUGGAGGAUUCCAAUGUAAACCUGCAAAACCACUCCCUGAAGACCUGGAGGAGUUUGUGCAGAGUUCUGGGGAGCAUGGAGUCAUCAUUAUGUCUCUUGGGACAUUUGUGAGUGAACUUCCUGCCGACAUUACAAAUGAGAUUGCCGCAGCUUUUGCAAAAUUACCUCAGAAAGUCAUCUGGAGACACAAAGGCAGCAAACCAGCAACUCUGGGCAACAACACAUUGCUGGUGGACUGGAUGCCACAGAAUGAUCUGUUGGGACAUCCCAAGAUUAAACUUUUCGUGGCUCAUGGAGGAACAAAUGGAGUUCAAGAAGCUAUUUAUCACGGAGUCCCAGUUGUGGGUCUACCUGUGUUUUUUGACCAAUACGACAACCUGCUUCGUCUAGAAGAGAGAGGAGCUGCCCAGAUUCUGACUUUGGCUACAGUGGACAAAGAUAACAUCUUCCUGAACGCCAUACAGACAGUCCUGAAUGAACCGUCUUACAGGACCAACAUGCAGAGACUCUCCAGGCUGCACAGAGAUACUCCCAUGAAGCCCCUGGACAGCGCCCUCUUCUGGAUAGAGUUUGUCAUAAGACACAAAGGUGCAGCUCACCUGAGAACGGAGUCCUACAAGAUGCCCUGGUACUCCUACCACUCAGUUGACAUUGUGUUGUUCCUGGCUGGAGCUUUGCUUCUUGUACUACUCACGGCUUUCAUGUUGAUUAAGUGUUUAUGCAUUACAGUGAGAAAAAAUAAAGUCAAAGGUGAGUAAACUUUAAAGGAA